CACACCCACAUAAAGCCUUACCCUCUACACAACACAAUGGCCAAGAGACCCGCUGAGGAGCCAGUUCAAGGUAGCGCAUCUGCUGCCAAGACGUCCGCUUCCGCUUUACCACCAACCACCGCGGCUGUUCAACAGGAUGCCACCGAUGUCGCAAUGGGCGAAUUUGAGGACCCAUACGGUGACGACUUCGAAUCUGACGGUGAAAUCAUCGAGAUUGACUCCGAAAACAGUGACGAAGAAGAUGCCGAAAAGGUGAUUGAAGAGGACAAGAUCGAGGAGCUUGAUCAGCAGGAAAUCUACCUCCCGCACAAAUCGCGUCCGUUGGGCCCCGAUGAGGUCUUGGAGGCCGACCCGUCCGUGUACGAGAUGCUCCACAACAUUACUUUGCCAUGGCCAUGUUUGACCUUGGAUAUUUUGCCAGACAACUUGGGCGCUGAGAGAAGAAACUACCCCGCCACCAUGUACGUCGCAACGGCUACUCAGGCAUCCAAGAACAAAGACAAUGAACUCCUUACGAUGAAGCUCUCUUCGCUCUCCAAGACGCUUGUGAAAGACGAGGAGGAUGAGGAGGAGUCUGACGAUGAAGACGUGGACGCUGACCCGAUCAUGGAGUCCGAGAGCAUUCCGUUGAAGCACACCACCAACAGAUUGCGAGUGUCUCCAUUUGCCUCGUCCACCGGCGAGUACUUGACCUCCACCUGGAGUGAAAGUGGGGAGGUGCACAUUUUUGACUUGUCCUCGCAGUUUAAGGCGUUUGACGAGCCGGGCUACAUGAUUCCAAAGUCCGCCAAGAAGCCGCUUCACACCGUAAAGGUUCACGGGAACGUCGAAGGGUAUGGGUUGGACUGGUCACCGCUUAUCUCUACCGGUGCCUUGUUGUCCGGUGACAUGAGCGGGAAGAUCCACUUGACCACCAGAACAACCUCCAGCUGGGUCACUGACAAGACCGCCUUCCAAGCGUCAAGCGAGUCAAUCGAAGAUUUGCAGUGGUCCCAUUCCGAAAACACCGUCUUUGCCUCUGCGGGCUGUGAUGGGAUGGUGCGCGUCUGGGACACCAGAUCUAAGAAGCACAAGCCAGCAAUCUCCGUCAAGGCAUCUGCCACCGACGUCAACGUUAUUUCCUGGUGCGAAAAAAUCAACUACCUCUUGGCUUCCGGGCAUGACGAUGGUUCCUGGUCCGUCUGGGACUUGAGAAACUUUUCGCCAAACGCGCAGCCGGCGCCGGUUGCUCACUACGACUUCCACCAGUCGCCAAUCACGUCCAUUUCGUUCAACCCGAACGACGAAUCCAUUUUGGCAGUGUCUUCCCAGGAUAACACCGUGACCUUGUGGGACUUAUCGGUUGAGGCCGAUGACGAGGAGAUUAUUGAGCAGAGGGCGCAGGUCAAGGGAAUGGAGGACAUUCCGCCACAGUUGUUGUUCGUGCACUGGCAGAAGGAGGUCAAGGAUGUCAGAUGGCACAAGCAGAUUCCGGGUGCGUUGGUGAGUACCGGUGGGGAUGGUUUAAAUGUGUGGAAGACGAUCUCUGUGUAAGCGAGAGGUAGCGGACCUGGCAAAAGGUCAGGCAGAGUCUUACACAGGUCGAGCUGAAUCCUUAGCCGCAAUUGUUUGACAUUUUGUUGAAGUUUUCUUUUUCUUCCUUUUUUUGUUGCAUGACUGUCCCUGGACUGUCCUUAUUAUAUUGUAUAUUAUAAAAAUGUUUGGUUAAAGAGGAUGUCUAGCCCUGAUCGAAGGUCUAAACACGUCAAUUGAAGGGCAUAGUCAACCUGUACCAAACCCACUUCCACACGUGACCAAAUCUGCUAAACACUUAUUACUAUGACAAUCCGCAAAAAAAAUACCACCGUUAAUCGCUAUUAAAUUUCAAAUA